UGUCAAUAUUGCAGGUUGUUUACAAAUGGCUGCCUCACAGGGAUAUCCGAAAUGGCUUUUAGAUAGCAAAGAAAACAUUUCUUCGACAAAGGAGUGGGGCACAUUUCUUCAUGAAUUACAUGAUGCCAUUCAGCAGCAGCUCACAGAAAGCCAUGUACAGUACUUCAGUGAUCUGUCAGAGGCAGAGAAAGAACUAUUCAUGCAUAGGGCUACGAAGGCUAUAGAGAGUGGCUCUGCGUACAAUGGUUUGUACAAGAAGGUAUCUGUCCUUUGCGACCAGAACCUUAAUGAAGAGGUCUCGCGUCAACUUUUGGAAGAACACCCCAUUGGUACAAAGUCUGACCUGGUCAUUGACUUUGCCGAGGAUGGUGCUCUCAGCCUGCUUACCAAAUGGCCGGACAUGAAACACAAGCUGUGCUUCUGUUUAAACCAACCAAUGCCUUUUAAAGUGAGGCAACUGGCAUGGAGGCUGUACCUGACCAAUACUCGAGCUUUUUACUUUGAAACAAUGCGCAAACAGUAUGUGGAUCUGCUGAACGCUGACCCUCGGAAGGCGAUUUCCAUGUACGACUAUGAGAUUGACCAGAAAUGUGCACAGCUUCUCAACUCUGAGAAAACAUUUGUGGAUCUGAGAGGAUCACAAGGUGUGUUCUAUGCUAUGAAGGCUGUGCUGUCAUACUACCAUGCCACAAUGAAGACAAAACAGAGACUUCGAGAUGUGGAUCACAUGCUUGCAUUCCCGUUUGUCUGUGUGUCUGCCCCAAAUAUCCCCAGGAAAGAACCACCCAGCAGUCGGACAGUGGCUUUGCUGGUGGAGGAGUUUCUCACUUUUCAGGAGAGCAGACCGGGAUUUGUCAUCGACUCUGGGUCAGAGACACAUGAGGAAGAGAUGAGAGGGUUUAUUGACAAGGUGGCUAGGCUGCUGCAGAAAUACUUCCCUGACACGCCAAAAAUAAUAGCUGAGAAAUAUGUACCUUCAAAAGACAAGAUUGUAGCAACAGAGGCUGGGAGCUAUGCUGUGCUGAAGGAUGGACUGACUAUACUGGUCAGACCACUUAUCAGGUCCAUGUUUGUUGGUUACCUAAGGCUAGACACCUUGCUUUAUGUGUGGGACCAGUACAUGAUUGGGCUGGAUACUCCGGGCUUCAAUGUAGAGUGGCUCGCUAUAGUCACAGCUAUCAUACUUGGCCUUCUCAAGGAUAGGUUCAAGGAAUGUUCAACAAGUGUUCAGCUUGAGAGUGCCUUGAAGAAUGAAGCUCCAAAACUCACCAUCGCACAGUUCCAGUACGAGGUAAAGAAGCAUCACUAUACAGACCUGUGGUCCAUGUUGAUGAAGGAUGGCAAGUCAGCCAUGCCAGUCCUAGAUCCAACACAAGCCCAGCACCCGUCUUGGCGCCAUUGGUUCAAUGACCUGAUUCCUCCGUACACACGACCGGCUAACAGACGUACAGCCAGAGAAGAGAGAGAGGCAGAGAGGGAAAGACUUGGACAGCAGAGGCGGGAACAAGCACUCACCUAUAGAGAUAAUGACCAACAACAGAGAAGCCAAGGGCCAGUGUAUGUGAUGAGAAAGGGUGAUUCAAAAGCCUCUUCCCUACGAGAUGAGGCUGAGCUGAUGCGGUUAGCAGCUGCAGACAGACAGAGAAUGGAGAAAGAAAAAGCAUUGCUUGAGGACCAACUGGCUGAGGAGCGCCAGAGGCGAGAGGAGGCCGAGCGCAGAAACCAGGAGGAGAUUGAGAGACUGAAACAGCAGAUGGCCAUGAUGAAUGUACAGCCAAGCAGGCCCCCAUCCAACUACAGUAUGAGUUCCUACAUCAGUCGGAUAUUGGUGCCUCCCCCACCCACACCAGCCUCACGCCAUUCCAUCCCCCCACCCCCAAUUCGACAGACACCUGCCCGGACACCAACGCCUGCUACCUCACCAACAGAACAGUUCAACGUCGUCAUGCGGGACUUCAUUAAGAAGAUUGCUGAUGCUCAGAACAGAAUUGCCCACUGUGAGAAGGGAUCCUCAGAACAGGAACUUCUGGACAAGAAAACUGAGGGAUUCCUUCACCAGAAUAUCCGGGAUAUCAAACAAGCCCAGAUCGAGUUGUUCGGCCGCAGGUUCGAGCCUGGGGAGUUUGACAAGAUGGCACCUCAAGAACAGCAAGAUAAGAGUGACAAAAUGAUGAGUCUUAUUCAGAAAUGGCGGGAAGAUCGGCGCGCGCAAGAUCUCAAAGCGAAGUAAAUUUGGAUGUUAACAGUUCAAAAAGGGACUGAAAUCUUUUCAGAUUUGUGCACAUUUUGGACGAUUUGUUUUACGAUCACAUAAAAAACCAUGACUUCUCUUUUUGUACUCCGAUGAUUUUAAACAAUUAUUUUUACUGUCCCUAAGAACACUUAAAUUAUUUCCAAGCCAUUUUCAUGAAAAUGUUGUUUUAUAUGUUUUUAACAUCAAAGAUCAAAGAACCAUGAUAGUUUGUAGUUUUGAUUGAUAAAUCUCCCUGGUGAGCACUUUAUGUGUCGCUUAAAGGUUUCAAAACAUUGCUAUCAAAUUUGUGAUAUCUUUUAAUGUUAUUUUUCCAUUCCUAUAAACUUUAUAUAGGUCUGUUAGUUCUAUUUGUGUUUUAUUUAUUAUUUAUGUGUUCUUUGCAUGUCGAACAUGUUGACAUACAAAGUUGUAACGAUGCAACUUAAAAUUAAUGUUUUGCUCUGCUGGGGAGAAGGGGCCGUGGAUGUAAAGGGGACUUAAGACAGCAGUGAUUCCCUUUCUUGUAAACCAGAGUGAUGAUGCUAUGCUUACUUCAGAGAUUUGUAAGCAUCUGCCCACAGAUUCUUGGAACAUCUUAAGCUAAACAAACUUUAGUAGCUUAUCUCACUUAAUCAAAAAACGUACUUAAAUUUUAUUCCA